GGAGAAAUCCCAAGCAGAAAGUGAACUGUGUACAGUAAUGAAACAGCUGGGAGAGAAGUAAUCUGAUAUUAAAUGAAAUAAGUGCGCCGCGGAAACAAUCCUUCAGAGGGUGAAGAGCGUGACUGACGCAGGUGUUUGCUGAGGAAAAGUUUCCAGGAAAGCAACAGGCAGAGCUGCUUCCACACAGGCUGGAUCAACCGUGACAGUGAUCUGAGCGAUGGAAAACGGUGAAGUUACGUUUAUUUCACCGGAUUGUUCUGUUUGAUUUUAACCACAUUCAUGAUUUUUUUCCCCCUUUUUUUCGAUGCUGUCUGGAAAGAAUGCAGGGCUUUUUACUUCGCUGCGUUUUUUUCUGCGCGAUGUUGCAGCGGAGCAACACGCAAAGUGCUGUACCUGCCACAGUGUUGAACUGCAGUGAAGGGGAUAUUCUGCUCUUGCUGGACUCUUCAGGAAGUCUAUCAAACUAUGAGUUCUCCCGCCUGCUGCUUUUCACUACCGAGCUGCUUCGCCCCUUCUCAUUGGGCCGUGGGCACGUAAGAGUUGGGCUGCUGCAGGUGGGCACCAAACCAAACCUGGAGUUCAGCCUGGAUGUCCACAAGAGUCAGGAAAGUCUGCAGAAAGCCCUGCGACGUGUCAGCCACCUGCAGGGAGACACCAACACUGUGGAGGCGCUCAGGGUGGCUCAGCGGCUCCUGACAGAGACAGAGGAGAGCGUACCAAAGAUACUGCUGUGGCUGACUGAUGGUGUGCAGCCCGGAGACGUGGACAAGCCCAUGACGGAGCUGAAGGCACAGGGAGUUUCUGUGUUAAUUGUAUCUACGGUACAUGGCGACUAUGGGGUGUUACAACGUGCAGUGACGCGUCCUCUGGAGUCCCACCUCUACUUUGUGGACAUCGAUAACAUCGACAUCAUCACAGAAAAUCUGAGGGAGGCCAUCAUUAAAAUUAUUCGUGCAGAACAGCUGCGCAUUGUUCGCUUGACUUCCCACAGUGUCGUGCUGCAGUGGUGUCCUGUUCUAAGAGCAGACAGUGGUUACUAUGAGCUCUGGUAUAACUCCGUGUUGAGAACAGACCCUGAGACCAGACUCACCCUCUCAGGCGACUCCAGCUCGGUGGAACUGACCAACCUGCGGCCUGAUACCACCUACACAGCGUAUCUCCACCCAGAGGCCAACCAGAAGCCGUUUAAUACACUGUCUGUUAACUUCACCACGCUUCCUGACGUUUUAAGCCCGGCAGUGGUCUCUGUGUCAGACUCUGGCCCUCAUCAGAUCCGUGUGAGCUGGGGUCCCCUGCAGCCGGCUCGGGUCCAGAGAUACACAGUGGAGUAUGGGGCUAUUCCAAGCGGACGCGUCCAGACUGUAAUAUUGCCCAGCCAGAGAAACUCUACCUUGCUUACAGGCCUGGAGUCAGGCACUCAGUACCUGGUUACAAUCAGCGCUCUGCAUAUGAAUGGGAAAGAAAUAGUCAUGUCAGUGAGGGCAUGCACUCAAGAGGCUUUGCCUGCCCUGGCUAAACUUCAGCUGACCCCAUUGGAGCAUCAGGAGGUGCAGGUAGUGUGGCAGGCCCAUCAGGACGACCUGAUAGGCUACUGGCUCAACUGGAAGAGAGGAAACUCCCACAGGUCCUCCUCCUCCUCCAUCUACCUGCCUCCUCAUUCUCGUUCCACACGGCUAACACAUCUUCCCCCAAACAGCCGAGUGUGCGUGUCUCCGGUCUACAGCUCGGGCCUAGGAGAUGGUUUAUGCUGCACUGCAGAGCGUCACACAGAUUCCAGCCAGUGGGGUUAACAACCAGAGUCUGCAGCAUAAAACAUGGAUGAAAUCAAGCAUUUUAAGCACUGGGUGCACUAGAAAACCUGUGCAGGACUGAAUUUUAUUUCUGAAGUUCAUCUUGUUCAUCGGUUUUCAUCUUGAAAUGAAUUACAGUGACUGAAAAGGCUUUAUUACAUCACCCCAGCCCUGUAUCCUCACAAUGGCUGAGUAAAUACUGAGCAUAAUUAAGUUAUUUUUUUUCUCCUGCAAAUGAAAAUAUCAAAAGCUUCAUAGGAAGGCUGUCCACCACAGCACCACACAUUUGUUCAAACAUAUUAGUUAGUCAGGAAUAUACACAGCUGCAGAGUAUGCGGAUAGGCAGCAUUCACAGUCUGAGGAAAUACUGUUACUGACUAUAAUUAUUUAUUAUUCUGAUUAAGAACCUGUAAUGUCAGCCUACUCUCAAAUUGUUCUGUUACAUAAUUAUAGCUGUAUUUACUUGAAAUUCUAUGGAAAUGCAUUUACCUUCCUACC